UGCAGAUGUUGAUGCAAAUGUUGGCCCAUACCUUAUUGUACUAGGUCUAACAUCUAAUUCCUUCGAAAAUGGCAGGCACCAACCCAGGUCGGUAGACUGAUGCGCGACGCUCCUUCCUUUUUUCACCUGCCUGCCUGCGCGGGCUCUUGCUUUGAUUGCCUACCAGGUACCUAGGUAGUAAUCACAGCCCGACCGACGGCCCGGUAGCGAAGAGCAAACAUUUCCAAUUAGGUAGGUACUACCGACCUAGGUACAGUGCCCAAGGGGCAUGCGAAAGGCAAUCCUUCAUUUUUGAUCCGUUUUUUGUCUCUUGGUCAAAAAGUGACCAUCCAGUGUCGAUUGGCCCUUUGCUGGCUUUUUUUCCCGUUUGGAGGCCCUCGUUGCUCUUCCCGGUCCGCUGCCGUCACCCGAAUCCUCGCGCUUAAUCUUUGGCUCAGCAUCAUCAGCAAACUCUCCUUCAUCGCUCUCGUGGUGCUUUGCAUCGCCGUCCAACAUGUCAAUGUCGGGCUUGUCCUCUUCUGCGAAAAGAUCUCGCCAGGACCCGUUGAGCACACGCAAAUCAUCACCUUUGAGGCCAGCGUCAUAGGCCUGCUUCAUCAGCCGCAUGCACUGCGACAGAGACAGAAUUUUGGGUUAGCAACGAUCCGUACAUCACACGAGCAUGUCUUCAAAGCUGUCUUGUGCGCUCGGAGGUUCUGCAGCUCUUUGGGGUCGCGCAUAUCUUCUCAAGACACUCGAGUCGCGCAAACACAAAAGCAAGAAGCACAGCUGAAGCUGGGAACGGGGCCAGACUCACCACGCGCCUCCGUUCGUCAAAGUCGAACAUGGGUGUAAAUUCCGCCUCGGGCGCCUUCCAAGGCUCAUAGAUGUACUUUUUAUCCAAUGACGCGAGCUCCGGAACCCAUUUGCGAAUAAAGGUCCCAUCUGGAUCCCAUUUUUUGCCGAACGAGAUGGGACUAUAGCAUCGGAAAUACUGGGAGAAAAAGGCUGUGCAGCUCAGCCAUUGCCAGUUACCUGCGUUGCAUGCCGGCUCGUGGUCCAACAGCAGCUCCUCGAACACAUCGAGUCCACGCUCCCAGGACACAUAGCAUCCUCCUCGGGUUAAAAAACACGCCACGCUAUGACGACCGAGAUGGUGUAUCCAUCCCUCUACUCGCAACUGUCGCAUCAGCGCAUCGAUCCAGGGAAAGCCUGUCUGUCCUGCCUCCCAACGUCGAAACCAGCUCUCGGCCUGCUCAGAGUCUACCUCAUACUCAAACUUUCUGAGAACUUGUCCAGAUACUGCAUUAUCUUCAACAUGCGAAGGCAAGUGCCAUGGGAUGAACCUGCAGUGCGCGUUCCCCGCGGUCUGGCUGAAACAGGGCCCUAUUGCAGCCUGCGCAGCGAAAUACAUGUCUCGGAAGAGCAGUUGGCCUGUCAGGCUUUCCGGCGGUAGAGACGCCCCCUUCUUCUUGGCUUGAUUGUAGGCAUCUACCGUGUCCUGAACGCGGUGAUAGAAAAGACGUACCGACAAGGACCCGAAAUGCAUCGCCGGUGACAGCAGAGUGGUCGACUGCGGCUCAAAUGCCGCCGGGCUGGUUUGAGGUUUGCGGAACGUUGCCGUGUAGACUUGGUUCUCAAUUAUGGCAUCAAGCUCCCUCAGUGCAAGGCUCUCACCACCCUUGUACGGUGUUGUUGCUGGAGGGUACCCCAGCUCCUCUAGCGUCUCGAUGGCAAAGUCGCCAUUCGGACCUGCAAUUGCCCCAUAUGCCUUCUCUUUGCCCUCACUGCGCCACUUGGCAUUGUAGUCCUGGCCAACAUCUGGCAGGUCGAGAUUGAAAUCUAACGGCAUCUCACCGGGAUCCGGCAGAGCCUUGGGAGCCGGAAUGGGCCGCGGUAUAGAGCCAACCUUGGCACCGACAGUUCGUAGCCGUGCCAUGGACAUGGUCGGUUCUCCGCCAUUGGCCUUGACAAUGGCAUCGCUGUCCCAUAGUGUUCGGCCAUAUCGCGUUAUAACCUUGACCCCAGCAGCCUGGGCAGCUUUCUUAACGACCUCAUCGCGCUGACGUGCGUAGGCGUCUGUAUCCUUCUCAAAUACAAGAUGCGUCACCUUCCAAGCCUUGAAGAGCUUAGGGAAGAGGGAUUGUGGAGCCUCUCGAAGCACAAAGAGCUUUGAUCUUGGAUUAAGAUUGGUUAUGGAUGCCGAAAGGUCAUUCUGGCAGUCCAGUCUAUGGCCAAUGCGUCGUAUCAGUGCUGAUACCCGCGAGGAAAUACUACGUCUACGGUAGGUAGCUCGGCCAUGCCGUUUCGUGCGUGCCACUUACAAAUACUGCCAGCGGUUAAGGCCGCCUCUGGACCGGUAGACAUAAUGCGGAUCCCAGGUGAAAAUAGGCCACAGAACAGCCGGGUCAAGGUCCAAAGCCGCCUGCAAAGCUGGGGAGUCGUGGAGUCGCAAGUCGGUGCGAAACCAGUAGAUCACUCUGGCGCUUCCCAUGGCGACUGAGCUGUGGCGUACGCAAUUGUGCCGUCAGACUGAGCAAAGAACGGCCAAUACGGUUGGUUGCAGAAAUUGAGAUGGAGUGGGAAAUCAUUGUUGUAGUACCGUGGUUCAGCCGAGCCCCACGAUCCAUGGCAAGCGCAUCGAGAUGGAGUUUAGUCUAUGGGGGCGGGGUUUUGCUUUGACGCACCAGAUCAAUGACGUAAAAACAAUUGAUCGCUCUUCGAGAAGCAAUUGUAUGAAUUUUCACUAUCCACACACCCACGUGAGGUUGGAUAAGGAGCUAGCACCUAUUAAGGUUGAGGAUUACGGAGCAUGCCGGUGGGCUGCUUUCGCAGUACGUACCGGUACUGUGCAUACUUCUGGGGAGACCUUGGGAAGUGAUCUCGUUGGACGUACUGUGAAUAUCUGCCUUCGUGAGUUGGGCAGAAUUUGGGUUUGGAAAGUGCCUAGGUAUAAAGUUUUUUGUAAAUGGCCUGUGACACGAUCGAGGAUUGUAAGUUUUAACGGUCAAAAACCCCCCUCUUUCGCAUCCCCCACGUUUCAUCUCGGGACUGGUUUCCCUUCCAGUCAAACAAAGGAAGCAUUGCCACCACAGCGUCUGGUAUGCUGUUUUGGUGGAAACCGUAAAUAGCUUCAAAUAUAUCGAUACUGGUAUCGAUUUCUGGGUACCUCCUCAUCCUCUGCAAUCAUGUCAAGCCAAGCCUCCUCUUCAAAGGCUUCGGCUGAGCAAGCUAAAGCUUCAUCCAACCGCAAACGUAAAGCGAAAACGACCAGCCAGUCGGGGCGCCCCAGCAAGCGUCCAGUCAACCAAGCUUCCUUGGAUCAGUCCAUGAGCUCGUCUUCCACGGGCGAUCCGGCACUGCGAAUGCAGCAGUACGAUUACCACAUUGAGGAUGAUGAUGAGGAUGAGGAUGAUGAGGAAGAGGACGAGGAGCUGCAAAAUCGCGGCCACUUUCCACCCGAAAUCAUGCCGAUAGUUCUUGGAAUUUCGCGGGCUCUGGAGCAGGCAGCCAGGCAGAACAGAGCUUGGCGGCGCCAGCAAGAUUUGAUCGAGGAGGUGGCUGACGAAGUAUUUUACAUGUAUAAGCUUCCGGAGGGGCAACGGCCAAAGGGCAGCUUCCUGGACGUGGUGGAUAUGGUGGCGGAAACCGAAGACGAUUGUAGGAUUUGGAAGGCGUUGCCGAAUGCUGCGGCGAAGAAGGAUCAUCUCGAACGUUUGCUGGGGUUUUCAUAAACCUAGCAGUUGAGCAUUCCUUUCUGUUCUUGCGAUGUUGUACGAUGAAGAAAACAACUAUUUGCUGUACAAUUGUUAUAUUCUCUGCCGGCUUGGAGAAUGAAAGUGCCAAAAACAGUCUAGUCUAGUUCUAUCUAGAAGCUUGCUUACAACCUACCUAACCUGCUUGACUAGGCUAGACUGUUCACAGUUGCUCCGGCCAAUCCACGACGACAAGUUUCGCCGUUGGACUUUGGACACGCUCAAGAG